GGUUAGGAUUUCCAACAGACCCGAAACACAAGGUGACCCAUUUACAACCAGAUCCUCAAGACCGGCCAGAUGACCGGACUUCUGCAAACAAGAAAGGACACGCACGCGCCGUGGAACUGAGGGCGGGACGAGGCCAGUGAAGGCGUGGCUUCUGCCCGAGUUCAAGAUGGACGCGGGCCCCGCCCAUCCCCGCCCAGGGGGCGACAAGGGAGAGGCUCAAGGCUCAGCACGCGAUUGGUGGAGUUGCCCGCGGGGCGGGAGUGACAGUGUCCCGACUUCCGGUUCCGGGAGUACCCGGAGCCGGGUCGAGAUGGAGGAAGAUGCCCGGGUGUGCCGGAGGCUGCCCGGCAUGGAGGCUAGAGUGGGAGCUGUGGCCUAGAGGCCCGGGCUUGGAGUUCGCCUCAGUCGCGGGGGAACCGCCCUGAUCGGAGGAGGUCUUCAGGCGCCAUGGAGGACAAGCGCAACAUCCAGAUCAUCGAGUGGGAACACCUGGACAAGAAGAAGUUCUAUGUGUUUGGUGUAGCAAUGACAAUGAUGAUUCGUGUCAGCGUCUACCCAUUCACCCUCAUCCGCACCCGGCUGCAGGUUCAGAAAGGCAAGAGCCUCUACCAUGGGACUUUUGAUGCCUUCAUCAAGAUCCUGCGAGCAGACGGUGUUACUGGCCUCUACCGGGGGUUCCUGGUCAACACCUUCACCCUCAUCUCUGGCCAGUGCUAUGUCACCACAUAUGAGCUCACCCGGAAAUUUGUCGCUGACUACAGCCAGAGCAACACCGUCAAAUCACUGGUGGCCGGUGGCUCAGCCUCCCUCGUGGCUCAGAGCAUCACAGUGCCCAUUGAUGUGGUGUCCCAGCACCUGAUGAUGCAGCGCAAGGGUGAGAGAAUGGGCCGCUUCCAAGUGCGAGGGAGCCCAGAUGGACGAGGGGUAGUUGCCUUUGGCCAAACCAAGGACAUCAUCAGGCAGAUCCUGCGGGCUGAUGGGCUGCGAGGCUUCUACCGAGGCUACGUGGCUUCACUGCUUACCUACAUCCCAAAUAGUGCUGUUUGGUGGCCCUUCUAUCAUUUCUAUGCAGAGCAACUCUCGUACCUCUGUCCUAAAGAGUGCCCGCACAUUGUCUUUCAAGCCGUGUCAGGGCCCCUGGCUGCGGCCACCGCUUCCAUCCUCACCAAUCCCAUGGAUGUCAUCCGAACCCGCGUGCAGGUGGAAGGCAAGAGCUCCAUCACCCUGACCUUCCGACAGCUGAUAGCCGAAGAGGGGCCUUGGGGCCUCAUGAAGGGCCUCUCGGCCAGAAUCAUCUCUGCCACGCCCUCUACCAUCGUCAUCGUGGUUGGUUACGAGAGCCUCAAGAAACUCAGCCUCCGACCUGAGCUGGUGGACUCCAGACACUGGUAACCCAUGGUGGGGAGUGAACCCCAAUGUUUGCCACACUACUUACUCUAGGGCGGGUAGCACCCUCCCCACGUGCCCCCACCACAUUUGCAGCCUGCCCUGGGCCAGGUGGUCUGUCUGGGACAGAGCAGAGACUCUGAACUGCUCUUGCUGAAGAGGCUCCACACCUGGACCCCCUGCUCCUGUUAUUUUUCAUUUUCUUGCCAAACUAGGCUCCCUCGCUCAGUCCCGGUCCUUGGUCCUGUCCUAAGGAAACCCACCAUCCACACCAGUUCUGCCGCACCUGUCCCCUGUGAACCCUUCUUCUGGCUUCUCCCACCAUCUGUGUCCCUGCAAUCCUGACAAGAGCUGUACAUAGAGCUUGCUUACUAUCUCACUGGUCUUCCUCUUGGGCUUUCAGCCCAGGUUCCAAGCAGCUGCCAUCAGCCCUUUCCUGCUUAGUAUCAUAGGCUGGGUGUUUUUACUUGGGACUGAGCUGCCCACCAGACUGUUCUGUUUUUCCCUGCCACCGGGGCAUGGUGCCAGGUGCCAGGUACUUCUGCACAGGGAGCAGGAGCAGCACAGACCUCUGAUUCUUCAGAGCACUUGUCCUCUCUUUGGAGAGUUAUUAGGUCGGGGACAAAUGUUGAUACUUUAUUUUGUGUAUUUUUUUUGACAUCUGUGAACUAGGUACUGUCAGUACUGCUGAGGCGCCAAUCCUGCAGUUAGAGCCCACCCCUUGCUCAGACAGGUGGAAAAGGUGGCUUUCCCCUCAAUUCCAGUUACCUAUCUCUUCCACUUCCUUCAGAGCCAGCAGCCCCAGGACAUGCAGGCCGCUGGCUGCCCCUGGUCCAGAUGAUGGGGUGGGGGCAGUUUGGAGUAGAUGGAGCGGCCUGGGUGCUGUGGCACAACAGCUGCUCUGGAAAGCCCCAGUGCACCUGCCGAGAGCUGCCCAGUGAAGCCUGGGAGAGGUGGUGGGGCCACUCACAUCUAUACCCCAGUCACCGGAACUCACACAGUUCUCACAACAGGAAUCUCUGAGUUGUGGAACCACUGGUGUUUCUCCUCAUCCCUCUCAAGGGAUGCUGGGGGAGUAAGGAGUGGGUCAGGAGGUCACCCGCACCAGGACUGCACUUACCAGCCCGACACUGCCCAGCAGAUGUGGCCACCGCCCAGCCAGCCCUCCUCCACCACUGGGCCUGUGAGGCGGGGUGUGGUGCCCCUAAUGACAAAAGGCCUGUCAGACCCUGCACUCCUACUGCACAUGUGUGGCCUCUCAUCAUUCCCCUGGGAAAGGCCGAGGAGCCAACUUGAAAGGUGCUAGCUACCUGAGGCCUUGACACUUCCUACGGCUGCCCCAUCUUCUGUCGCCCAGGCGGAUCAGAGCCAAAGCCUGCUCCUCUACCUUCGCUGCUGCCACCACCACCUCUGCCUGUCUGGGUCCCAAACCUUCCAGGGUUAUUUCCAUUUACUUACCUUCGGUGUGUCCCCCAGUGUCUGUCCGCUGAUGGUUGCCAUCCCACCUCUCUGCACAGGUGACUCUGAACCUCCUGCCCCUCCCUCACCCACCUGCCCCCAGAGCCACCAGUAGCAUGGAGGUCAGGGCCUCUGUCCCUGCUCUCUCUGCGCCUCAGCCCUCCCCAACUUCCAGGGGCUUGUGGGCUCAGAGUGCUCAGACCGCUUUCCCCCAACUCUCCGGGCAGGGUGCCGCCCCCCCGCCCCCCUCGCCCUCUUUACCUCCCUCCAUUCUCCCCAUCGCCCUCACCCCCUCCCCCUUCACACACACACACUCUCUCUCGCGCACCCGCACGGUCCGAUAGGAUGCCGUGCGUCUCCCGACAGGAAGCCCUGACCGCUGCUCUCCCAUCCAGCACUUCAGGGGCUUUGGUCUGGCUGGGUUACGGGGCGCCCGGCGGGGAGGCGACCGAAGGCCACGCCCGCUGGACUUGGGGGCCAGCUGGUCCGUGGCCAGGAACUGAAAGGAACGUGGGACACUGGGUAGGCGUCUGGUAGACUGGACUCCUGUGAACAUUAGCGGCGGACACUCACUGCUGCACUGUACGAAGUCUCUGACGUGUAAUUAAAAGUUUUUAUUGAGCCCCUGA